UUUGUGUAUUCUUUCUCUUUUAUUUUCCCGUUUUCUUUUCAAACCCACAUAUAAGAAUAAGCUUAUUUUUUCUCCUUUUCUUUGUAAAAGUCUCACAUGGAAUAAUAAACAAAAAAUUGAAAGAGGUUGGGGACCUCUUAGAGGGCCCCCUGCGGUGCUCCAGGCGGGGUCCCUGGCAGACAGACAGGUGGCGCUGGUUCCUUGGUUCUCUUGGGUCGGUCCGUCGGCAGGAAAAUAAGUUUGUUCUGUGCUCGGUUUGUACGCAGGCGCAGAUCAUGCUGUUUGUCCAGUUUCGCUGGUUGACUUUUACCUGUGAGGUAAGCUGGUAGUUUCGGUUUAGCAGUGGGAAAGGGACUCAGCAGCUACCGGUUCUGUUCGGUCCAGAAGUGUGGAAGAGGCCCCCUUUUCCUCCUCCUUUCCUCGCAGGGUCCUCGCUGUGGAGGUUCGGACGGGAUUUCUCCGGGAUUUUGGAGUCUGUGCGCAACACCGAGGAGACAGGUGGACGGACAGGACAGGACAGGACAGGACAGGACGGAGGGGGGAGGGGGGGGGGGGGGGGUGUGUGUGUGUGUGUGUGGAAGAGGAGUCCUGCCGUUCACUCCGGACCCGUUGAGUGGAAAUCAACUGGUUGCUUUGAUCUGGUCCAGUUUCAUUGGUAUGCGGCUGGACUCCACCUGCUGCUGAUCGGCAGCCCUGAAGUCUCCUCCGAGCCUGCUGAGUGACUCCUCGCCCCGAGGAGGACGUGGGGAAGGAGGCGGCGGGGGUAGCAGACGCAGGAGCCGGACUGCAGCGGACGUUGGGCGGUGCAGAUUUAACGGACACACCGCGGACCUGGUCGUCCUCUGGAUCAGGAAGAUGAUGGGCUUUCUGCGCCGGACGUUCAGCCGCCGCUCCCGCUUCCAGACGAGAGAGAGGGACGAGCUGGACGACAAAGGAGGAGUAGGGGUGACAGGGAACCCCCUGCUGCUGCCCCAUCAGCAGCAGGUUGUCCACGCGCCGGCCGUGGUCACCGGGGGGACGUCGGUCCACAUCCCGGCGGGCGGGACGGCGAGGACCACCAUCACCUGCCGCGUCCUGCUGCUGGACGGCACGGAUGUCAGCGUGGAUUUACCUAGCAAAUCCAAAGGCCAGGACCUUUUCGAUCAGAUCAUGUAUCACAUAGAUCUGGUGGAGACGGAUUAUUUCGGACUACAGUUCAUGGACGCAGAUCAAGUUUCACACUGGCUAGAUAUGUCCAAGCUUCUGAAGAAACAGAUCCAUGAAGGCCCGCCUUACCGACUCUUCUUCAGAGUGAAAUUUUACUCUUCAGAGCCAAAUAACCUGCGCGAGGAGUUCACACGGUAUCUUUUUGUGCUGCAGCUUCGACAAGACAUUUUGUCCGGCAAAUUAAAAUGUCCGUAUGAUGUGUCGGUGGAGCUGGCAGCAUAUUGUUUACAAAGUGAGAUGGGCGACUGCGACCCCUUGGAGCACUCUCCCGAGCUGGUGUCAGAGUUUCGUUUCACACCCAAACAGAGCGAGGCCAUGGAGGCGGACAUCUUCAGCAGGUGGCUGGAGCUCAGGGGACAGAGCCCGUCACAAGCGGAGAUUUCUUUUCUCAACAAAUGCAAGUGGCUGGAACUUUAUGGCGUAGAUAUGCACUUUGUCAAGGGCAGAGAUGGAGGUGAAUAUGCACUGGGUCUCACCCCCACCGGCAUCUUAGUUUUUGAAGGCUCCAACAAAAUUGGGCUUUUCUUUUGGCCCAAAAUCACUAGGCUGGACUUCAAAAAGAGUCGUCUGACAUUGAUGGUGGUGGAGGACGAUGAUCAGGGUCGUGAGCAGGAGCACACCUUCAUGUUCCAGCUGGCCAGCGCCAAGAGCUGCAAACACCUGUGGAAGUGUGCCGUGGAGAGCCACGCCUUCUUUCGCCUGCGUCAGCCGACCACCGGCAACGCGAGCCGGAACGACUUUACGCGGCUCAGCUCCCGCUUCAGAUUCAGUGGGAAGACGGAGUAUCAGGCCACCCAUCGAGGCAGACUGAGGAGAGCCAGCACAUUCGAGAGACGGCCAAGCAAGCGAUACCCCUCCCGCACGCAGUCGCUGGGCAAAGUUGCUAUUUCCCCUGGAAAGCCUCUACAUAUCAGCUUGCAUGCCAGCCCUGAUCCCAGUCUACAUGCGUACCAACACAACAUUCCCAUUGGUCACGAGCCCUGGCAUCCGCCCCACCUUGCUCUUACCCCCCCGGUUUACCUGCAGCCAUCCGGUCACACACCGCCACACAGCUUCCCGCUGAGCAGUUCUGCUUCAGACCAUCAGUACAGCUCAUCAGAGAAUGAAAAUUCAUAUUCUGGCAAGACCCACCAUCGUCACCGCCGCCACACGCACAGCCAAGCCAUGCUCUGCCACACACAUACCAAGAACAAAGGUCGAGCUCCUCCUUGCCCCGCAGAUGGUAUGGACAUCUCUCAGUCCCUGCUCAAGGCUCUGGAGACGGACAGCGAGUGUCUUCCCUGGCCUUCGCUCCACAUAAACAUCGACAACAAGGGAGAAGAGAAGCAACUUUCUGAAAAGUCUCUUCACCCUCCUGCUUCUCCCGUGACGCUCCCUGAUCACCUCAAAUGUAAUAUCCUCAAAGCCCAGAUGGAGGCAGCCUUCAAGGACCCCCUCUUUACACCCAGAGCUAAAAGCUCAAAUGAGACCAGCAGUGACAGGUAUCAGAGUUCAUCCCAAGACUCAGCAGCGUCCAGUUUGACAGCUGAAAAGACACCCCGCAGGCAGAAUCGCAGUUUAACACCAGAGAAGCUGCAGACUAAAGGCAACCCGAGCUCCAACCGGAGAAAACGCCUGGUCCGACAGUUCAGCUUCAACCAUGAAGACGAAGAUAAUCUGCCAGAAGCACUUGCAGCCAUCUCCUCUCAGAGCACAGGAAAGUCAGGGUCAAGCAGUUCCUUGGACAAACAGAUACAACCAUCUAUUUACCCACAGGUGGAAAAUAUGCCAGCACUGGAGCUGGGUAGUCCGUGUUGUAGCUCUCCUUCGCCUUCCCCUCACCCCUCCCCUUCUUACUACCGUAGCUCCAUGCCUCACCUGGCCCCUUACCUCACUGCCCAUAACAACAGUGGAGAGGAAAUUAAGCUUGACAGAGAGAAGAUCCUAAGAGCCCUACUGAUGACAGAACUUUGAGAUUUUUACCAAUGAACCCUGUGACGAGAAAUAUACACACAGAAACUCAACGAAGUUCCAAAGUGUCUCAGUUGGCAUCUGUAUAUUUGCAAGCAAAUUUAACAGAUAUAGAUAUAAAUAUAUUUGAAUAACUGUAAAUUGUUAUAUUUGCUUAUCUGUUUUAGAAUAAUGUUUUGAUUAUAUUUAUUGAGCUAUUAAAGGAGUUAUGUGGACUCCCUCAUCAUGAACUAUACAAAUCUGCUGGUGCUGCCUGCAUGAUACAUUCGUUUUUCUUCUCUACGUGAUAAUAUUGUUUGUUUUGGGGUUAUAUCUAGGUUUUAUGUUUAUUUAACCAUCAUUGCACCCAUGCUAGACUUACAAUUAUUAAAGCACUAAAGCACUCAAAUGUACUGUUACAAUGAAGCUACUUUCAAAUCAAUUUAUGCCCAGUGUAAAUACAUUGUAAUUACUGUGCUCAUGAAGGAGGCUCUGUAAAAGCUUAAUUCUGCAUUGUAAUUAUUAUGUGAUAUAAUCAUUUUUACAUGCCAAAACAUUUGCAAUAUUUGCGCUUCAAAAAUAUUGAACAGAAUGUGUUUAAACAGACAAGAGCUGUGCAACUGUUCCAGCCUGACCACUAGAAGGAGACAAAUCAAAUAUGUCGUUGCAGCUUUGCUCCUGUUUUUCAGGUUAUCCUAAGGAAGAUGAAUCACUGCUAUUUUUCUACAUGCAAUUUUCAUCACAGCACAAAUGCAAAUCUGAUCUAAGAGAGCAUGUUCUUGGAAAUAAAGAUAAUCUUGUUGCUCCACUGCUUUA